ACAUUCAAAAAGAUUGUUGAUUAAAAAUAGAUUAUUAAAUUUUAAAUCAAAUAAUAUUUGUUAAAUAUUCGUGGUGAAGUUACAUAAAAAUGCCGGAAUCAACGAUUAUGUCUGUGAAUGAUCAGACAAUCAAACUUGAACCACCAGAAUAUUCAAUGGAAGACGUUAAACGUGAAACUGAUGAUGAAUUUAAUUAUGUAGAUGUUAUUGUUAAGUCUGAAUCGUGUCCUGAAGAUGAUGAAACAUAUCUGGAAAGAUUUAUGAAUUCCGAAGUGACGAUAGAGGAAGAAGUCAAGCAGGAGUUAAUCGAGACACCCACUGAUGAACAUGGCAUUUGUAAUAGAUCUUUUUCAGAAUUGAAUGAUUCUAAAGAGCACAUGGUAGAUCACGAACUCAGUCGUAACGAAAAAAGCAUCCAUAAGUGUGAUGUAUGUCAUAAAUCAUUUAAACAAAGUUCGAUUUUGGCAACGCAUAUGGUUCAACAUAGCACAGAGCUUCCUUUCAAAUGCCAAAUAUGCUUUAAGACAUUCAUUCGAAGAAAAAAUUUGAAAAAUCACAUGCCUAUUCAUACAGGAGAGCGCCCUUUCAAAUGUGCAAUAUGCAAUAAGACAUUCAUUCGAAAAAGAGGUUUGAGAAAUCACAUGCUUAUUCAUACAGGACAGCGCGCCUUCGAAUGUGAAAUAUGUUAUAAAACAUUUACUCAAUCACAUAUUCUGAAAAACCACAUGAUCACUCAUUCCAAUGAGCGACCUUUCAAAUGUGACAUAUGCAGUAAAACAUUCUCACACUCCGGUGUCUUGACAAUGCACAUGCAUAUUCAUACUGGAGAACGCCCUUUUAAAUGUGAAACAUGUCAUCAGACAUUCUCAAGAAAAUGUAAUUUAAAAUAUCACAUGAUCACUCAUACCAAUGAGCGACCUUUCAAAUGUGACAUAUGUAGUAAAACAUUCUCACACUCUGGUGUCUUGACAAUGCACAUGCAUAUUCAUACUGGAGAACGCCCUUUUAAAUGUGAAACAUGUUAUCAGACAUUCUCAAGAAAAGGUAAUUUAAAAUAUCACAUGAUCACUCAUACCAAAGACCGUCCUUUUAAAUGUGAUACAUGCAAUAAAGAAUUUACACAAUCGAGCAACUUGAGGAGACACAGGGUGAAAGUUCAUAGUAGAAAAUGUGAUGAUCAAUGA